AUGCUAAAACUGUUAAGUAUACGUAGAACCUGCGUGGUCCACUUCAAAGAAUCCUAUGCCACAUGGUCAAAGACAAAAGUAAUGAAGGAGAAGAAGAAAAAGUCAGAUGAAUCUUCUGGAACAGUAGGAGAGCUGAAUCCAUGGCCAGAAUAUAUACAAAAGCGAAUAGACCUCUGGGAUAAAUAUAAAGCACAGUAUCAAGAGCAGUUAGCAGCAAAACCAGAAUUAAGCAUUGUUGUGACAUUGCCAGAUGGAAAAACUGUGGAAGCUAAAGCCUGGAGAACAACUCCUUAUGAUGUUGCUAAAGGAAUCAGUCAAGGGCUAGCAGACUCAACUAUAAUCGCCCGAGUCAACGGUGAAUUAUGGGACUUGGAUAGACCAUUAGAGGGUGACUGCAAGCUAGAACUUUUACGUUGGGAUAAUACAGACGCGCAGGCAGUCUUUUGGCAUUCUUCUGCUCACAUGCUUGGUGAAGCAAUGGAAAGGGUGUAUGGUGGAUGCCUGUGCUAUGGUCCACCAAUUGAAGAAGGCUUCUAUUAUGAUAUGUAUUAUCCAGAGAAAGGAAUUUCAUCAUCGGACUUCCACAUUCUCGAAGGGCUCAUAAAGAAGAUAGCAAAAGAGAAGCAACCAUUUGAACGUUUGGAACUGACAAAGGAGCAACUGUUGGAGAUGUUCGACUACAAUCCGUUCAAAGUGCGCAUUCUAAAAGAGAAAGUGAAUACUCCCACCACCACAGUGUACAGAUGUGGACCACUGAUUGAUCUUUGUCGGGGACCCCAUGUACGACACACUGGGAAAGUAAAGGCUAUUAAGGUUACCAAGAAUUCUGCGACAUAUUGGGAGGGUAAAGCGGAUGCUGAAAGCCUUCAAAGGAUCUAUGGUGUAUCAUUCCCAGAGCCCAAACAGCUUAAAGAAUGGGAAAUAAUCCAGGAAGAAGCCGCCAAAAGAGAUCACAGAAAAAUUGGAAGGGAACAAGAGCUGUUUUACUUCCACGAGUUGUCGCCUGGAUCGUGCUUCUUCCUGCCACGUGGCGCCCAUAUAUACAACACGUUAGUCAACUUCAUAAGAGAGCAGUACAGGAGUCGAGGUUUUCAAGAAGUGAUCACGCCAAACAUGUACAACGCCAAGCUGUGGCAGACUUCGGGCCACUGGGCUCACUAUGCGGAGAAUAUGUUCUCGUUCGACGUGGAAAAAGAGACGUUUGCCCUGAAGCCCAUGAACUGCCCUGGACACUGCUUAAUGUUCGACAACCGCACGCGGUCGUGGCGCGAGCUGCCGCUGCGGCUGGCGGACUUCGGCGUGCUGCACCGCAACGAGCUGAGCGGCGCGCUCACCGGCCUCACGCGCGUGCGCCGCUUCCAGCAGGACGACGCGCACAUCUUCUGCGCGCCGCACCACAUCGAGCGCGAGAUGGUGGGAUGCCUUGAGUUCUUGGACUGCGUGUACUCAACAUUCGGAUUCACGUUCCAACUGAAGUUGUCCACUCGACCGGAGAAGUACUUAGGUGACUUGGCUACUUGGGAUCAAGCUGAAAAGGCGUUGGAGGAUUCACUGAACAAAUUCGGGCGUCCUUGGCAACUGAAUCCCGGGGACGGUGCGUUCUAUGGACCCAAGAUUGACAUCACCAUCCAGGAUGCUCUGAGGAGAUCCCACCAGUGCGCUACAAUACAGUUGGACUUCCAACUACCUGAAAGAUUUAAUCUCACUUAUGUCAGCGAGAGUGGCGAGAAGAAGCGGCCGGUGAUAAUCCACCGCGCGAUCUUGGGUUCCGUGGAGCGCAUGGUGGCCAUUCUGAGCGAGUCGUACGCGGGCAAGUGGCCGCUGUGGCUCAGCCCGCGUCAAGUGUGCGUUGUGCCAGUGGGACCCUCGCUGGACCAGUACGCCACCGCGGUGAACGAGAAACUUUUCGCGAGCGGCUUCAUGUCGGAAGUGGACACCGACCCCGGUGACACGCUGAACAAGAAAGUUCGUAACGCCCAGCUCGCCCAGUUCAACUACAUUUUAGUGGUAGGGGAACGAGAAAAGAACUCUGGCACGGUGAACGUUCGCACCAGGGACAACAAGGUGCACGGUGAAAUGACAGUCGACGCUCUCAUUGAACAUCUCAACAAGCAGAUCAAAGAGAAAACAUUGUCCGAUGACAGCGAGCUGUUGAAGUGGAAUUAG